AUGAGUAUCGGCGGACAGAUUGCGCACUCUUCUUCUUGUUUGGAUUUGGAAGUUCAGAAGGUAAAGUUCUUCAGAAUUUUUCAUCAAACAUUUUGUUGUUACAGAUUCUUGACGAGACUCCCAAAUGGGAUUUGUACUUGCAAGCGCAGCUUAUCACCAGCGAAGACUACAAAUUUCUGAGCAGAUUUCAAGAGACCAAAGUUUGCGAAAUCAUUUCUUGAAGCUAUCGAUCUUUUGAAGAGUUCUGAGGAUCGCGACGAGUUACUCUCUCAACAAGGCUUUGGAGUUGGAUUUGUGCAGACUUGUCUGCGGUUAAUAACUCAAUUGGCACAAGUUCGACACGCUCGGUAUUUGGUGACCAUUCUUCAUGAACUUUUGAAGGUAAUUUCAUUCACGUUUUAAAGCUACAUGAAAAAGGAAAAUUUUUAGAAAGUAGAAAUUAAACCUUAUCAGGAAGUUUAUAGGAAAACCCGACCCAUGCCAAAUUUUUCCCGGUGAGUAAUGAGGACACGAAUUCCACGACUUACGCCCUCCUAUUAACCAUCAUGCAAAAAGAAGAUGUCGUGAUUUCAGCCGAGGUUUCUGAGGAUCUUUGUCAUUUGACUCAUUUCUACAGUUCAGAUGAGCUUUAUCAUAGCCGUUAUUGCAAGUACGGAGGAACAUCGCAUGGCAGAACUGCAGCUCCGAGAGUAUUUGGUACAUCUUCGCACUCAAAUUUCGGCGAUCCCGGUGGGAAUCUCAUAG